UCAGGGGCUGAGAGAGAAAGGGAGCCCAAAAAAACAAAGAGAGACGUUAGCUCAUGGCAUGUGAUCUGAUCUUCUGACGGUAACCUUUUGAUCUUCAAAAAUCAAAAUUUGAAAUGAGACAAAUAGUCUAGAAAUAUAUAGAACAAGCCCCCCAAAACCUUUCUGGUUGAUUCUCUUUCUAUUCUUGUAACCACUUGGUUUUACUGCAACUUAAAGAUCAUGACCCACCUCAUAAACCCAUGUAGUUGUAGUAACUAGCCAGUGAAGAAAUGUUUUUGGUGGUUCUUACAAGUAGUUGAGUUUUUGGGUUUCGAAAAGUUUGUUCCUUUUUGUCGAGAAUGGAAACAAUGUUUAAGGGGAGUUGUGGUGGUGGAGGAUUUGAGAGGAGGAGGAAAGAUGAGUCUGACUUACUGACCGAGUCUGGGACCGAGUCAAGAGAGAGUAGCAGCUCGAGUUCUGAGAGUAGCUCAACUGAGGGAGUUAAGCCCGGGUGUGCUUCCCCAUCUCCUUUGGGUUGGCCUAUAAGGAAAGCUGGAGAGUGCAAGAGCUUGGUCUCUAGUGGAAAUGGAAGUAAAGAGAAGAAAGCCCAUUUGGAGGAUUCAAAAUUCAAAAAGCAAGGCUCAAAGCUUUCAGAGAUUGACAUGAUAAAGGAGAGGUUUGCAAAAUUGUUGCUUGGUGAAGACAUGUCAGGGUCUGGGAAAGGGGUUUGCACAGCUUUGGCUAUAUCAAAUGCCAUCACCAAUUUGUGUGGUACUAUCUAUGGGCAACUUUGGAGACUAGAGCCAUUGCCUGAAGAGAAGAAAUCAAUGUGGAGAAGAGAGAUGGAGUUGCUUCUUUGUGUUGGAGACCAUAUCGUGGAAUUAAUACCCUCAUGGCAGACAUUUCCUGAUGGUAGUAAGCUUGAGGUUAUGACUUGCAGGCCUAGAUCCGAUCUUUUUAUCAAUCUGCCAGCUCUGCGUAAACUAGACAAUAUGCUUCUUGAAGUUUUAGAUAGUUUCGUAGACACGGAGUUUUGGUACGUUGAUCAAGGGAUUGUAGCCCCAGAUGGAGAUGGGUCAGCCUCUUUCCGUAAAACAAUGCAGAGGCAAGAAGAAAAAUGGUGGCUUCCAGUCCCUCGUGUCCCUGCUGGUGGUCUCAGCGAUGAUACAAGAAAGCAGUUGAACCACACGCGUGAAUGCACCAAUCAGAUACUGAAAGCUGCAAUGGCAAUCAACAGUGUCGCUUUAGCUGAAAUGGAUGUUCCUGACUCAUACUUGGAAGCUCUCCCAAAGAAUGGGAGAGCUUGUUUGGGAGACCUUGUGUACCGGUAUAUUACUUCAGACCAGUUCUCCGCAGAGUGCCUGCUCGAUUGCCUUGACCUGUCAUCUGAACAUGUUGCUUUAGAGAUUGCAAACCGUGUGGAAUCUUCAAUUUAUGUAUGGCGUCGGAGAGCUCAUUCAAGACCUCCACCCAAUCCAAAUCGCUCCACGACAAAGUCAUCAUGGGAGAUGGUCAAGGACUUCAUGGUUGACGGAGAUAAGAGGGAAUUGCUUGCAGAAAGAGCUGAAAGUCUCUUGCUUUCCUUGAAGCAUAGGUUCCCUAAUCUAACCCAGACCGCCUUGGAUACCAGCAAAAUUCAAUUCAACAAGGAUGUUGGGAAAUCAAUUCUCGAGAGCUAUUCAAGAGUUCUGGAGAGCUUGGCAUUUAAUAUUGUAGCUCGUAUUGACGACUUGGUAUACGUUGAUGACUUGACUAAACGUUCGGACAAUUUGUCUUCAGUUUCCACAGCUGCUGUGAUUUCUCACAGGAAGGUUUCAAAUCCCUUCUCCGUGCCAGUCUCAGGCACUCCAUACAAAACAACGUUCAGUACACCGAGCUUUUCACCCGUGCCGCUUAUAAGUCCUGCACGGGGUGAGAGAACUCCAUUCCUCCACAUUACCACCUCCUCCAACAGCAAUAACAACAAGCCUCCUCGUCGUGGUUUUGGUGUGAAGAGGGCGCUGACAAACUAUCUUGCUGUGGAUUCAAAACCCAAGAUCUGUGGCAAUACAAAUGUUGAUUCAAAACCCAAGAUCUGUGGUAAUACAAAUGAAGGAUCGUGUCCAAAUCCAAAGACAAAUGGCAGAGAGGGUUUGGGGCCGGAAAAGAACUCACCGACCCAAAAAAAUGGGACUAAAUUGCGUCAAUGUGCUCCCAAAUAUAUUGUAACUUGACGAGAUGCAUUGAGAUUAGGAAAAUUGAAAUACAGUUUGACAAUUAGGAUUGUUCAUGCUAGAAAAACCUUCUUGAUUGUAACCGAUAUUUGAUAUUUGUUGUUUAAUCUUUGCUUUGAGUUCU